AUUGUACAGUUUAGGGUAAAAAAUCAUAAACACUGAUCACCAAUUAAGCACAUUUAAGGAGGAGCCACAGCAGCUAAACAAGCCAAGCUCAUAAAGCCUCUAAUUGCUUCAGACCACGUGGUCGCAGUCAGGGCCCCCGCGGAUAUAAGAGGCCCACAAAAGCUAAAGAGGUAAACGCCUGAGUCCACGUCCACUGCACCCUUCACUUGGGCGUCUCCUUCCUCCCCACAUAGCCAUGACCUGUGGAUCCUACUGUGGCCGCGCCUUCAGCUGCGCCUCAGCCUGCGGGCCCCGGCCCGGCCGCUGCUGCAUCUCCGCAGCUCCAUACAGGGGCAUCUCCUGCUACCGCGGACUCUCCGGGGGCUUCGGCAGCCACAGCGUCUGCGGGGCCUACCGUGCCGGCUCCUGCGGACGCAGCUUCGGGUACCGCUCAGGGGGCAUCUGCGGGCCCAGCCCCCCCUGCAUCACCAGCGUCUCCGUCAACGAGAGCCUGCUCACGCCCCUCAACCUGGAGAUCGACCCCAAUGCUCAGUGCGUGAAGCAUGAGGAGAAGGAGCAGAUCAAGUGCCUCAACAGCAGGUUCGCGGCCUUCAUCGACAAGGUGCGCUUCCUGGAGCAGCAGAACAAGCUGCUGGAGACCAAGUUGCAGUUCUACCAGAACCGCAAGUGCUGUGAGAGCAACUUGGAGCCUCUGUUCGAGGGCUACAUCGAGACGCUGAGGCGGGAGGCUGAGUGUGUGGAGGCCGAUGGUGGGAGGUUGGCUGCUGAGCUCAACCACGUGCAGGAGGCCAUGGAGGGCUACAAGAAGAGGUACGAGGAGGAAGUUUCUCUGAGAGCCACAGCAGAGAAUGAGUUUGUGGCUCUAAAGAAGGAAGUGGACUGUGCCUACCUGCGCAAGUCAGACCAGGAGGCCAACGUGGAGGCACUGACCCAGGAGCUGGACUUCCUGAGGCGACUGUAUGAGGAGGAGAUCCGCAUCCUCCACGCCCACAUCUCAGACACUUCAGUCGUCGUCCAGAUGGACAACAGCCGGGACCUGAACAUGGACUGCAUCGUGGCUGAGAUCAAGGCUCAGUAUGACGACAUCGCCACCCGCAGCCGGGCAGAGGCCGAGUCCUGGUACCGCACCAAGUGUGAGGAGAUGAAGGCCACAGUGAUCCGGCACGGAGAGACCCUGCGCCGCACCAGGGAGGAGAUCAAUGAGCUGAACCGCGUGAUCCAGAGGCUGACCGCUGAGAUCGAGAAUGCCAAGUGCCAGAACACCAAGCUGGAGGCCGCCGUGACCCAGUCUGAGCAGCAGGGAGAGGCCGCCCUCACUGAUGCCCGCUGCAAGCUGGCUGAGCUGGAGGCUGCCCUACAGAAGGCCAAGCAGGACAUGGCCUGCCUGCUCAAGGAGUAUCAGGAGGUGAUGAACUCCAAGCUGGGGCUGGACAUCGAGAUCGCCACCUACAGGCGCCUGCUGGAGGGCGAGGAGCACAGGUUGUGUAAGGGCGUUGGCUCCGUGAAUGUGUGUGUGAGCAGCUCCCGCGGUGGCGUCGUCUGUGGCGAUAUCUGCGUCUCCGGUUCUGGCCCUGCUGUCAACACCAGAGUGUGCAGCACCCACGGCGGUGGCAACGUGGUGGUGGGCACCCCGAAUGCCUGUGCCCCCUGUGCCGGGGCAGGUGCCUGCAGCGGAGGCUGUAAGAGGUGCUAGGACGCCUCAGGGCUGCAGCCGCUGUCCAGGCCCAGGGCCGCACCGAGAGACAGUGGCCUCGGCGCGGCCCAGCAGCGUUCCCUAGCAACUCAUUGUGAGGAUUCUUGCCUUUCUCUCCCCUUCUGUUUUUAUUUGUUUUUUGGUUUUUGCUGGAGUCAUUGACCUUAGGAUCUUGGAGGAUCUACUGGCCCAGGACCCUCUUUGUCUGAGUUUCCCUGGGUUCCUAGCAUGCUUUUGCCUGGACAUGGAGACAGGGACCAACAUGCUUGCUGGGACCAAGUGACCCAGAGCAUUUUCUUCUGGGUCUGUCUGGCAGCAACUCCCCCAAGCCAGGGACUCAGCUGCCUUCACAUUUGCCUUUGCCUCACUCUGCGUUCCCAAUAAACUAAUUGCAGCGAAUCAAA